CCCGGGAAAAGCGCACACUCGAGGACGAGGAGUCGCGCGGCGCAGCAGAGAGGUGCUUGGCUCGGAGCGCGGCGGAGAGAUGGAGGCCGCCGACGCCGCUGGAGCCGAUGCAGUGGGCGGCGCUGGAGGAGGAGGAGGAGGCGGGGAGCGAUCGAGCUUCGUGAUCGGCCUCAUCGAGAACCGCGCCAAGGAGGUUGGUGUCGCAGCCUUUGAUUUGAGAUCAGCCUCGCUGCACUUAUCUCAGUAUAUCGAGACAAGUUGCUCAUACCACAAUACAAAAACACUACUUCAUUUCUAUGAUCCCAUGGUUGUCAUUGUGCCCCCGAACAAAACAGCAGCAGAUGGCAUGGUUGGAGUUUCAGAGCUGAUUGAUAAACAGUACCCAGCGAACAAAAAGGUCACAAUUGCACGUGGUUGCUUUGAUGAUACAAAGGGUGCUGUCAUGGUGAAAAAUCUUUCAGCUAGAGACUCAUCUGCGCUUGGUUUAGAUACUUACUGCAAGCAGUAUUAUCUUUGUCUUGCAGCUGCCUCUGCAACAAUUAAGUGGAUAGAAUCAGAAAAGGGUGUAUUUAUUACCAACCACUCAUUAUCAGUUACCUUCAAUGGGUCAUUUGACCAUAUGAACAUUGACUCAACUAGUGUUCAAACAUUGGAAAUUAUUGAUCCUCUCCAUGCUGAGCUAUGGGGCACAAGCAACAAAAAGAAAAGCCUCUUUCAGAUGUUGAAGACUACAAAGACUACAGGAGGGGCUAGACUUCUGAGAGCCAACUUACUGCAACCAUUGAAAGAUAUUCAGACCAUCAAUGCUCGUCUAGACUGCUUGGAUGAGCUAAUGAGCAAUGAGGAACUGUUUUUUGGCUUGACUCAGGGUCUUCGUAAGUUUCCAAAAGAAUCAGAUAAGGUUCUCUGUCAUUUCUGCUUCAAGCCCAAAAAGGUUACAGAUGAGGUAUUGAAGCCUGCCAAUGGUAGAAAGAGCCAGAUGCUGAUUUCUGAUAUUAUUAUUCUAAAAACUGCUCUGGACGCCAUACCAUUCUUCUCCAAGGUUUUGAAGGGGGCAAAGAGUUUUCUUCUUCGCAACAUUUAUCAGACUGUAUGUGAAAAUCCUAAAUAUGAAAAUAUGAGAAAGAGAAUUGGAGAUAUCAUUGAUGAGGAUGUGGUUCAUUCAAGGGCUCCAUUUGUAGCCUGCACUCAGCAAUGUUUUGCUAUUAAGGCAGGAAUUGAUGGGUUGCUUGAUGUUUCUCGUCGAUCUUUCUGUGAUAACAGUGAAGCCAUACAUAACCUCGCCAGCAAGUACAGGGAAGAAUAUAAUAUGCCGAAUUUGAAGAUACCCUAUAAUAUUAGGCAAGGAUUUUACUUCAUUAUACCCCAGAAGGACAUUACUGAUAGGCUUCCUAAUAAAUUUAUCCAGGUUGUUAGACAUGGGAAGAAUGUCCACUGCUCAAGCUUGGAACUUGCUUCACUAAAUGUUAGGAACAAGUCAGCUGCUGCAGAAUGCUUCCGCCGCACAGAACUUUGUUUGGAAGGUCUUAUUGACGAGAUCAGAGAAGACAUUGGUAUCCUUACAUUGCUUGCUGAAGUAUUGUGUCUAUUGGACAUGAUUGUAAAUUCUUUCGCACAUACAAUAUCUACAAAACCUGUCGAUCGCUACACAAGGCCAGAGUUCACAGAUGAUGGCCCAAUGGCAAUCAAUGCUGGACGACAUCCUAUCCUGGAGACCUUACAUACCAAUUUUGUUCCUAACAAUAUCUUUCUAUCUGAAGCAUCUAAUAUGGUUCUUGUCAUGGGACCAAAUAUGAGCGGAAAAAGCACAUAUCUCCAACAAAUAUGCUUAAUUGUUAUUCUUGCCCAAAUUGGCUGUUAUGUCCCAGCUCAGUUUGCAUCAUUAAGAGUGGUUGAUCGCAUGUUCACACGGAUUGGUAACGGAGACAAUGUUGAAAACAACUCAAGCACGUUUAUGACAGAAAUGAAAGAAACAGCUUUCAUCAUGCAGAAUGUUUCUUCAAAGAGCUUGGUUGUUGUGGAUGAGCUUGGAAGGGCAACAUCUUCCUCUGAUGGGUUGGCAGUCGCAUGGAGCUGCUGUCAACACCUUCUUUCUGUCAAAGCAUACACUGUUUUUGCCACACACAUGGAGGGCUUGUCAGAACUGGCAACGAUGUAUCCAAAUGUGAAGAUCCUCCAUUUCGAAGUCAACUUGAGAAAUGACCGCUUGGAUUUCAAGUUCCGCCUGAAGGAUGGCAUCCGACGGGUACCGCACUAUGGGCUUCUGCUGGCCAGAGUGGCUGGUCUCCCUGCUUCUGUGAUUGACACAGCGACGAGCAUCACUUCACAGAUCACAGAGCAGGAAAUGACAAGGAUGGAUGCCAACUGUGAGGAGUUCAGGUCUCUUCGCAUGGCAUACCAGGUUGCACAGCGGCUUGUAUGCCUGAAGUACUCCAACCAAGGCGACGACUACAUCCGUGAAGCGCUGCGGAAUCUCAAGGAGGGCUAUGCUGCAGGCCGGCUAACAUGAGAAAGAGGAUGUUCUCUGCUAGAAUUAGAUCGGUGUACGCCGCUGGCAGGAUCCAUCAGCCAACGCGUUUGUUCUUUUGUCCACGCCAACUCCUAUUCAUCAAAGGCACACCAUUAUGGUUGUAACCCCACGUGACAAGUAGAACAUGUGAAUUCCUAGAGCAAAUCAGUUGUAUAUGAUCUCAGCCACAGACCGUUUGCAUGUGAAACACCAAACGAACAAGAUUAUUUCUGUCGAUACAUAUUUGUAGAUUUACGCAAACAA